AUGACAGAAACUGGCGACAUACCACAGCCACUUGUUCCCACUCUGCCGGAGCAGGACGACCUGCUAUCUCCGGCAAACGACCCAUUGGCCGACUACGGCAUGCUCAUCUUCAGCCGCGACUACCGCCUGACAAACGCCUUUGAGGAUGCAAAGAUUAUCUGCGCGGGACCCAAAUCGGAGCGGCUAUCAGUGGAGACGAUGAAACCUCGGGCCAGCCCUUCGAUAACUCGGCAGCCCCUGGAAAAGGUCAAGAUUGGCUCCGCAAAUAGGGCAUGCACUACGAGCUCACCCUCUCCCAAGCAUGAGACGACGACGAUAUCAAACGAUAAUGGUGAAGAUCAGAAGCCUUCUGUGAGCCUCUCCGGCCCAGAGAGGAGGAAGACUUACCGUGUUAAGAACCGCGCUGCCGCUAAACGUUGUCGGGAAAAGACGAAACAGUACGAACUGGGCCUCGCAACCAAAGAGCAGGAAGUUAUCCAGGAACGGAUCCAUCUCGACGAAUGCGUGACGGCGCUAAGGAACGAGAUCCUGAGUCUGAAGGGUCAGAUCCUUCAGCAUGGCGACUGUGACUGCGAUGUCAUUCAGGGAUACAUCGCAAGAGCCGCCGGCGGGGUGGGGGCCGGAACCACAACGUAUCUAACCGCGAACGAGUUAGCGAUUCACGAGAGUAAGGGCUUUUCUUUUGUUUCAUCCCCUGGGGUCACGGGCUGA